UAAGCCAAAGGGCCUGGGAGAGGACGGCGACCACUUUGAAGAAACGGUCGCCGACGUCGGGGAACUGCCGGAACGCACGGGCAUCACCGAGAGUGGAUACCCCUUCUUCACCGGGAUGGAUUACAUCUCUCGGGGCUUCCGUAAGCUUGGGCUUCUUUCGGUGACUACUACCGUGACCGAGGGACUUCAUGCUCUCUAGAUUCUGGAUUCAUGGACGGCGAGGAUCAAGUGAGAUAUUUCGAGAGUUUGGAUAUAAGAGUUGAGCAAGUGACCAUGCUGUAAAUCAUUCAUCUUGAAACUACAUUAGUAGCAAAAUCACCAAAACUAGCCGAUGAACCGGGUCAACCAGUUGCGAGAACACAUCCACAACGCCUCACUUACACACUCAAACAUGGCUCAAGAGCCCGCAAUCCACGAGAUCUUUGAGCCGGUCACAGGCACAUGGCAGUACAUCGUAGCCGACCCUUCAACCAAGGCCGCAGUGAUCAUUGACUCCGUCUUGGAUUUUGAUCCAGCAAAGAACGCCAUCUCUACACAAACAGCCGAUGGUCUUCUCGACGUGGUAAGAAAGAAUGGCUACAAUGUUGUCAAUAUCCUAGAGACACACGUCCACGCCGAUCACUUAACGGCAUCCAAAUAUUUACAGUCUCGGCUGCGAGAGGCACAGGACGGCGCCGCCCCCAAGAUCUGUAUCGGCAGGCGGAUCGGAGUCGUGCAGGAGAGAUUUGCCGAGAAGUAUGGCAUCUCCAAAGACGAGUACGCCAAUGCCUUUGACCGACUGCUCGACGACGAUGAGGUUUUCGAGAUUGGAGACCUCAAGGCUAAGGCCAUCCAUCUGCCGGGCCAUACCCCCGACCACAUGGGCUACAUGAUCGGAGCAAACGUCUUUGCGGGCGACUCCCUCUUCAAUCACGAUGUCGGGUCCGCGCGGUGCGACUUCCCCGGCGGCAACGCCCGCGACCUCUUCGCGUCGGUGCGCCGGCUGCUCGAUCUGCCAGAGACCACAAAGAUCUGGACGGGCCACGAUUACCCGCCGGCCAACCGCGGACCUCUGGCGGCGACGGAAGUGGCGAAGCAAAAGACGGAGAACAAGCACCUUGCGCAGAACGUGACGGAGGAGGACUUUGUCAAGUGGCGCGAGGAGAGGGAUUCAGGGCUCGGUGAGCCUAGGCUCAUGCACUGGGCGCUGCAGGUCAAUGUGAGGGCUGGGAACAUGCCAAGUCCCACCAAGGCUGGAGAUCGGUUGUUGCAUGUGCCUGUCAAGAUGCAGGGCGUGACUUGGUGAAUGGGGUUUUCAUAUCGUGUACUAAGAUAGGGAGAGUGUGGAAAGGAGCUUGUUUCAACUCCCGUGUACAUGAGAUGAGAGACAUGGAAGCGUCUAUUGUAUAGUAAGUUAACUCCGGCCACGGUCAUGAAUCAACUUAGGCAAAUCGUCUUCGCCAGCCAGUCUUCCUAUUUCGCAUGUGUACAUGAAGUUAUCACCAAGAUCGAAAGGGGUAGAGAGCAUGUAAGUGUUGGUGUUUCUGACAAGGUACAUUACGUCGGUUGGCCCAUGCGUUGCAGCCCCCCGCGCCACCGCCGCGUGGGGAAAGUGCCGAGGUCUCGUCACUGAAUGCGGGGAGUUCGGCCCCGGCUGAGUGGAGGGAC